AUGCCAAUCUUGGAGAAAGAGACGGCCAGAGGCCGAGACAGCCAAGUGUUGCCAAAGGUCCCUGUGCCACCACUGAAACAAACCCUCGACACGUAUUUGAAGUGCGUCCAACACUUGGUAAAAGAGGAGCAGUUUAAGAAAACAAAGGCGAUCGUAGAGAAGUUUGGGGCUCCUGGAGGUGUUGGAGAAGUUCUACAAAAGAAGCUCUUAGAGAGGAGGGACAAGACGACCAACUGGGUCUAUGACUACUGGCUGGAGGACAUGUACUUAAACAACAGGUUGGCCCUACCUGUCAACUCCAGUCCUGUCAUGGUGUUUCCUAAGCAGACAUUCAGAGAUCAUAAAGAUGCCCUCAGAUUUGCUGCUCGUCUCAUCAGAGGAGUGUUGGAGUAUAAGGCUCUCAUUGAUGCGCGAGCGCUGCCAGUGGAUUUUGCUCGAGGUCAACUUGCUGGGACUCCUCUGUGCAUGGAGCAGUACUAUCGCCUCUUCACCUCCUACCGCUACCCGGGGCUAAAGUCAGACGCGCUGAAGGUCCAGAUGAACGCAGCCUCAUCGGUGCCAGAGCACAUCAUCGUGGCGUGCAAGAACCAGUUUUUCGUGUUGGAUGUAGUCGCAAACAGCAAGCAGCUCAAUGAGACGGAGAUCUUGUCCCAGCUGGAGAAAAUCAUUAAAAUGGCAGAAAACGCUGAAGAGAGACUUCCUCCUUUUGGUAUCCUGACCUCUGACGGGAGAACAGAAUGGGCACAAGCCAGAGAUGCAUUAAUAAAAGAUCAAACCAACAGGGACUCUCUGGCCCUGAUUGAGAGCUGCAUGUGUGUGGUGUGUCUGGAUGAGCCCAGUGGCCUGGAGCCUAGGGAUACCACCAGGGCUCUGCUUAUGCUGCACGGUGGCGGACGUGAGAAGAAUGGGGCAAACCGCUGGUAUGACAAGUCAAUGCAGUUUGUUGUAGGAAUGGAUGGGGUAUGUGGAGUCGUGUGCGAGCACUCGCCAUUUGAGGGAAUUGUUCUGGUGCAGUGCUCUGAAUAUGUGAUGAAAUACAUAACAGGGAGUCCAUCUAAAAUGGUGAGAGCGUCCAGUAUCAGAGAGCUUCCCCCUCCAAGAAGGCUGCUCUGGAAGUGUAACCCACCCAUCCAAGGACACUUAGCAGCUGCUGGAGACAGAUUGCAGAGACUGGUGAAUAACCUUGACAUGGAUGUUUUCAAGUUCAAAGUUUAUGGGAAAGAAUUCAUCAAAAAACAGAAGAUGAGCCCAGAUGCAUUCAUACAAGUUGCCUUACAACUUGCAUUUUUCAAAUGCAGUGGAAGGCUCGUGUCCACUUAUGAGAGUGCAUCCAUUCGGCGUUUCCAAGAAGGUCGGGUUGAUAACAUUCGCUCUGCCACCCCUGAGGCCCUGGCCUUUGUGAAGUCCAUGACAGAUGAGAGGGCCACUUUCACCGAUUCAGAAAAAAUGAAACGAUUGAGGGAUGCAAUUAAUGCCCAGACAAAUUAUACAAUUGCAAGUCGCAAGGCCAACCAGAGGAAACCUCCGGGAAGGAGGCACACGAGCUAUUACAGAAUGAAUAGAAAUCAUCUCCUCGGGCUUCUGAGGAUCUCAAAGGAGCUACAUGAGACGAAGCCAGAGCAGUCUCUGCGUGAUGAGACAUAUUUGGCCGCCAACCAUUUGUUGCUUUCAACUAGCCAGGUCCCUACCACAGUAGAAAUGUUCUGUUGCUACGGCCCGGUAGUGCCCAACGGCUAUGGCGCAUGUUACAACCCGCAGUCAGACCACAUCAUCUUCUGUGUGUCUAGUUUCUGGGAGAACACAGGGACGAGCUCGGCCGUUUUCGUCAAAGUCCUGAACGAGGGCCUCCUGGAAAUCAGGGAUCUGUGCAAUAGAGGCAGUGCUGCAGCUACCAAACUGGCUGAUUGCAGCCAGGGAGCCGGCCAGCCUCAUAAAUCAGGGAAGUAAGCCAUACUGAGGAAGCACGCCCACUCAGCUGCUUCACUCAACACUCUUAGACUUAGACUUUAGCUUUAGACUCAGUAGUUGAGAGGCCUUCGUGUGUCUUUGUUGUCUGUGUAAUAGUGUUCCUUUAACAACAAAAUACAAAGCCUUAAAGUUCAUAAACAGUAUGUAAAUAUUAAAAAAUGUGAAUGAAAACUGGAAAACAGUUUUCUUUGAUAGUGUGUGUAGACAUUAGAAUGAUUUCGGGUCCA